AUCUGAUUGGCCAGCUAAACGAUUGCAUCAGGUUUCUAAAUUUAGAUAGCUCCUCCGACAUUUUACCAGUUUGUGUUGAAGAAGACGAAGAAAUGGAGUAAUUAGACAAUCUACCGUAGGUCAGACGUUUUCAAGCAGUGCUUGUUUAGCACAGGUUGUGCCCUCCAUUACAAUCAGUAUAGUACCCCACCUCUGCAGUAGUAGAACAGCGAACUCAGAACAGGCAACAAUGGCUCCCAAACGUUCAAUGCUCAACUCGUCUGAUAUGGAGGGCACAGAUGACGAGGAAUAUGAGACCAAGCGCCCUAGGAAGUCUGAGAAGAAGCCGGAGGAGUACCGCAAGCGACGUGACCGCAACAACGUUGCGGUCAGGAAGAGCCGUGACAAGAGCCGGUUCAAGGCGAAAGAGACGAUGGAGAAAGUAUCCCGCCUCAGAAACGAGAACGAGCAGUUGGAACAGAAAGUCAAGAUUCUCACGAAGGAGCUCAGCGUGCUCAAAGAUCUUUUCUUAGCUCAUGCGGGUACAGUUGCCGAAGGGAACUGCAACGUUGCUAGCAACCACGCAGUUCAGAACGAUCAUAAGUAUUCAAUGGAUGUGAAGCAAGAAUAAGAUGGACACACCUAUUCCUUGAACAAGGAAGCUCCCACAGUACUAGAUCCUGGUGGUGGGAGAGUCCAUUGUGAAGAAUAUAGGGUGUAGUUUUGGUUGAAUGUGUACAUAUGAUUGAAUGACUUGGAAGGACCACUGUUUUCUGAUAUUCUUCUACUGGUAUUUGUACACUGUGUCGUGCGUUGUAUUGUAUUGUAUUACCCUUGAGAUGUAAUCGCAACUUUUCAUUGUCUUGGUACUGCUCUGAUAGUUGCAUUCAUGUUUUAAAAAUAUUGGGUACGAAAUUGAUUUAAUGAAAGUAAGGAAUGUUGUCACAUGGACAACAAGGAUUCACUGAAUUAUUGUUUAUACUUGUUAUUUUAUUUAUGUAUUAAACAGUUUAUGGGCCUUGACGGUAGACAUCCCCAUCUUGUUUUAGAUUCAGAUCAUAAUUCAGAUUGUUCAUCUGUAAUUUUGCCCCCACCCGAAACGUGUUUCCCAUGUUUCGUGUAUCACGAUCAGAUAUCAUCAAAGAAACAAAAACAAGUUAUGAAAGCUGUUCUUUAACCACAAGUUGCUGACGGUGACAGUGGAAUAAUGGGUUCCCGGAAACACGACACUUCUUGUUGCCUUGUAUCAUAUGGAAAUGUCAUGAUGAUCAUCGUGUAUCAUUCGGUGAAAUAAAUCAUUUUCUUAUUUA